AUGCCCUCAGAAACAGUCUGCGUCUGCAACCUGCCUGCUGCGCCCAAUUUUGCAGCGCACCUCCUCGAGCACACUGCCGCCAAAGAGGAGUUCAUCAUCGAGCAGUACACGCAAGUCCUGGAAGCUGCUGAGGAUCAGUAUCUGAGGCUCGGGGAGUUGCUGAUGGAGACCGAGAAAGGGAGCUUCGAGGCGAGAGCGUUGCAGGGCGUGUUGGAUCACGUUAGGGAGACGAUGGUACGGAAUGAGGAGAGCUUGAGGAUGGUUAGGGAGUCGUUAUGGAAGAAGUUCGAGAAGGACGACGGGGAGGCCAGGUUAUCAACAAUGUCGGGCAUUCCAGUGUACACCUCGAGCCCUAUCACGGCAACAAAGGCAUCUGGCACAACCACGCAAACAGCAGCGUCUCCCCAAAACUUUCCUCUUGCUACAAGCACCACCUCAGCUUCCACUCCCAGGUCCACUUCCACAGGCGCUUCUGCUUCGUCGUCAAUAUACCCUCAAGCCAAACCAGGAGCUGCGGCUAUUUCUGAUCCCACAGCGGCAGCGCAAAGCUAUGCGCCUGCACAACCAACCCCUACAACUAGAACUGGUGACAUGCAACCUCCAGCUCCUCAGCCAGGUGCUGUUCCUACCCCGUUGAACAGGAGCGUCGUACCACCUCCCCCCAAAGCUGGUGAGACGUACCAACCUCCCCCGACGGCUGCUCCCAUGCCUCCCCAGAUGGGAUACGCUCCUCCGACCAUGACCUACGGAUCUCAGCCUCUUAAAUCAUCAACCAGUACAACCAACACCCCAUCCGUUCCCUACCCGGUCGGGAUACCUUCUGCUGCUGAUGAUCCACGCCGAAGUCUGGAACAUCCUCCUGGAUACCAUCAGGACGUCUACGCUUCAGAGCUCACCAGUGAUCAAAGGAGAGCACACGAAGCCGAACUAGCGAACAGCUCUUCUGUUUUCGGGUCUCUAGACAACGGAAGUGCUGGCGGCUUUGAAGCUGAUGGAGUCUGGAACACUGCGAAGAAAUGGGCGCAACAAGCCGGAGAAAAGAUAUCGGCGACCGAACAAGAGGUUUGGAAGAAGAUCAAUAAGAACUAG